CGCAGCCUUUUCAGACGCUUCUGUUCAUCUUUUUUCUCCCCUUGUUUUUUUCUUUUUUCUUUAGAGUGCAGAGGAAACCAUCUCAUUAAAUGUGGGCUGCGUGCUGUUACCAGUGCUUGCAGCCUUCUUCUGAGGGGCAUGGCACUGAAGCUCUUACCUUUUGGCAGGUACGUGGGAUGAAGGGAGCCCGACGCCUGUGUGGAGAGCGGUUCCCCGGAGGCCUGCUGGUGCGGGCAUGAGGAGCUGCCCACGAUGAGCAAGGCGCUGCUGGCCAGCAAGAUGCAGCAGGAGUCUCGGAGCGUGUGCGUCUUCCUGCCCAACAGAGAACAGCUCAGCGUAACAGUUGGGGUCAAAGCCACUGGACAGGAGCUCUUUCAGCAAGUUUGUGAUUUAGUGAAGAUUAAAGAGCCUCACUUCUUUGGCCUCAGCAUUGUUAAAAAUAAUGAAUAUGUUUUUAUAGACCUGGAGCAGAAGCUGAGCAAAUACUUUUCAAAGGAAUGGAAGAAAGAGACAAGCAAGGGAACAGAGAAAUUUAGCCCUCCUUUUGUGGCAUUCUUUAGAGUACAAUACUACGUGGAAAACGGAAGGGUAAUAAGUGACAAGGUGGCAAGGCAGCUCUACUACUGCCAUCUCAAGGAGCAGGUACUGAUGUCUCGAUGCAACCACAAAGAAGAAAUCUACUUCCUGCUAGCUGCCUACAGCUUACAGGCAGACUUAGGCAACUACAAGGAUGAAGUCCAUGCUGGCAAAUAUUUUGAACCUCAGGCUUAUUUCCCGCAAUGGAUAAUUGCAAAGAGGGGGAGUGACUACAUCUUGAAACAUGCCCCAGAGAUGCACCGAGAACAGCAAGGCCUAAAUGCGAAGGAAGCAGUGCUGAAGUUCAUUAAGGAGUCUUGUUUGUUGGAAGAUGUGCCUGUCCACUUCUACAGGCUGCAGAAGGAUAAGAAGGAGGAUCGGCCGACAGUUAUCCUGGGCCUGACCCUUAGAGGAAUGCACAUCUAUCAGGAGGUGAAUCAUGUUCGUCAGCUCCUCUAUGACUUUCCCUGGUCGCACAUCGGGAAGCUAGCGUUUCUGGGGAAAAAAUUUGAGAUCCAGCCAGAUGGCUUGCCCUCUGCACGGAAAUUGGUUUACUACACAGGUUGCCCCUUCAGGUCACGGCACUUGCUUCAGCUUCUCAGCAAUAGCCACCGGCUCUUUCUGAAUAUCCAGCCAGUGUUGAAGCAAAUCCAAAAACUAGAGGAGGCCGAAGAGAAGAAGCGCUACCGGGAGUCUUACAUCAGUGACACGCUAGACAUGGACCUGGACCCGUCUGAUAAGAACUCGCGCGGCAGCGGGAGCAGUGGAGGUAGCCAGAGGGAUAACCGUCUUUCACGCCAGUCUACAGGGAGUCAUGGCAGCUCUCACACAUCUGGCAUUGAGGCUGACUCAAGGCACCGGGUAUCUGUGGAAAUGUCAGUGGAUGAGCCCUUCAGCAUUGAUCGGGUACAUAGGAAAGAAAAAUCCUGCAGCUCAACCAUCAGCUAUGGUAGCUCUGGCAUUGACAGUGGCAGCAAAGGGAGGGCUGAAGAUGACUCUCAAGAUGAUGAGCUUGAGCUGGCAGUAGAUGAGCCUGAGGAGAUGCCCGUAGAUGAGCCUUUAGAGGGAGACCAGUUAGAGGAGGCCACUGUAGGAGAAUCUGUUGAUUCCUUUCAUCUAGAUGCUGCUAGCUGCCAAGCUCUUAAUCAGGAGUCACUGUCUGUGGUGCAAGUCACACUAAUAAAAAUGAGAGGUCAAAGUGUGGAAUCCCUUCAUCAGGUCAGACCAUCCAAAGCCAGGAGCUGCACAGAUCAGCACAGCCAGAGUUUGGAUGACAUCCGCCUUUAUAAGCACCGUCAUCCGCCACUAAGUGCCACGCUGUCUUCGGACACGUCUCACAGCUACACAUUCGGCUGCACCCUGGAGGAUAAGCUGGCUAUCUACGGCUGCGUUUAUUCCACAGCGGACUGCAAAACCAAGUCCGCCCUUUAUGGGAAACGAUCCAUGAACUGCCUCUCCUUGGAUCUUCUGGGAGAGGACCAGCUCCCAGAGGAAUUUGUGGUGUAAUGAGAUUGGAGCUCUUGCACAUCAGGGAGCAGCUCGUCAUGGAAACAGAAGUGAUUAUAUAUACCUCAUUAACACAUGUGAUGUCAAUCUGGUUCUUGCAGGAGAUUGUAAGUAACUUUGUUACUCAGCUUCAUAAUCAGUAAGUGACAUCACUUCUGCAGACCUGACUACAGGGCAAAUUAACUGGAGCGUAGCACUUAAAUUGGCAUUUGAAGCAUCUGUUUAGAGGAAAAUGGAAGUGGCCUGCACCAUUAGCAGUGACACAACUGAUGUAAACCCCCUAAACAGUGGACCAAAAUUGGUACUGAGUCACUAAAGGAAACAUUGUGUCAAAACGGAUUUACCAGAAAGAUGUCCAUGUCAGUUUAGCUUUUUGCCUUUCUCUUAUGAUCCAUUUAUGUUAACACAAGUACACAAAGAGAUUUGUUGCCUUGAGUUUGCGCUGCUGUAACACUCCUAACAGCUGUCAGGCCAAGACAUGCUCUGAGUAUGUCUGGAGGUACGUGUACGGAGAAGUCCAGUUUGUUCUUUUUAUAAUGAACAAAGGUUGCCCGUUUGCUUUACUGGGCACAAGACCUGCUCUACUGUGAGUUUAUUUCUAGGUGUUUUUGUUUUGUUACAAGCAUCCAGCCAAAUACAGCGUGGGUUUUCUGUUUUCCUUCAUUCUUUUUUUAUUUUAUUUUUUUAAUGCAGCAAACGGAACUGUCACCUGUCUACUAACGCCAUGAUUAGAUUGCUAGGUAAAUCCUUAUAGCCUAGGGGAGAUGGGGGAGAGGAGAAAACAAGCGAUUUGUUUUCUGUCCUCUCAGAAGCAGCUAAGAUGAUAACGUUACCUGACUGGCUUGAAGAUGGGAGUGUGACUGGAAAAUUUGUCCAGGCAUGAUCACCCCUUACUUUGAAUCAUACAUUUUUAGGUUGUUCUUUUCUUUAUUUUUAAUAAAUCUGUUGCUUAAAAAUGUUUAUCCUUCGCUUAGGGGGAAGCAAGCAUGGGCUGAAGAAAGUCACUUUGGAAGGUCAAACGGGAUAGUUAUUAGUGACUUUGUCCAGUUUAAUCCUGGGUAGGGUGCAAGUGUGAGCGAAUGAUGCGGUAGGGCCCGUGAUGGUGGAAGUGUAGUGGGAUUGUAUGUCAAGCCAAGAGUCACGUGUGGUGAUUCUGAGUCCUAUGGAGCUGGCUAUGCUGGCUCUCACUGAUACAAUAGCUAUGAUUAUGCUGUUUGAUUAAAGCAUUUGUUUGGUGUGGAAAACAUCUUGUCACCUUCUAGCAGCUAAAUCAAGGAGUAUUUGUUUGGUGUUUUUUUUUUUUUUUUCCUUCCCUACCUCCCCUUUCCCCCACUCCAAAAUGAUUCCCGGCAUUUGGGAAACUUGUAUGUACAGCCAUGUGUAACCUGUGCCCAGCUGUGCUGACAGAUGAUGGAACUAAAGCUUUUCACAACUGUGCAGGUAGAAACUAAUCAUUUUUUGGCAAACUUUACAAUAGAGUGAUGCUAUUACGUUGACUUAGGAAGCAUGUCUUGUAAAGUGUUGAUGACUCAAAGGUGAAGAUAACUGAAUGUAGGAAAGGAAGGAAGCCAGACCACAAUGAGGAUGAUUCAACUUGCUGCUCUGAUGUCUGGCUUAGUAGGAGUUGUUUGGUAAAUUGCAUUCUAGUAAACUGUUAAAAUAGCAAAUCCUUAAAGUCUCUAUAAUCUCACUAAGUAUUUCCAAGGAAGUAAUGUGAUGUAGAGAUACAAAAGCAGGCCACCAGGUGCAUCAGCAUUUACUGAAGUGACAUCAGUGGUUGAUACGAAUUUAGCACCAACCCCAAUCUAUAUGUUUGAUGAAGGGAUGACAGAUGCAAGCUUACUGUAACCACAGUUUAAUUCAUUCUGGUCUCUUUGGUCACUGUUCGUUCUUCUAUCAUGAAUGGCUAUGAUCUGUGUGCUUUUCCAUUAUUCCAAGGAAAGCCAAAAAGGCCUUUACAAAAUACUGAAGAUAUUUUUCCUGUAUCCAAAAUAAACUCUCUUAAGUGGAUCUUAAAUGGUCAAAGAGCAUCCGUGUGCUCAUGAGCAGGCCAGUCUAGCCUCCUGCUACCCGAUACCUGUUUGGCAGUAGUCUGUGGAGAGGGGCACAUCCAAGAUGCAGGAGGUUGGUGGCUGUGCUGCAUGGAACAACCUUGUUCUUCUACAGGAUGAAGCCAGCUGCAGGGCUGGAUUGAUGGGUCUUACUCUAGCGGUGCCCAUAUUCUAAUGAAAAGGAAGGGAGUUCUGGUGUGACCUCUCUGUUUAACUGUUGCUCUGCUACACAUGCUGAUGUACAAUUAACUUGUGGUUUGGUCAACAGUCACUUACUGGGAAGAAGAAAAAAAAAAAAAAAGGUUUAAAAUGGGAAUAACUCUUUCAAAACCUUUCGUAAAACAUGUGACACAUGCUCACAGCCAUGCACAUUUCUUUUCUCAAAGACAAUCACAUUCAUACCUGCUUCAGCCUAACCAGUUUACCUGAAAUGUUUAUUACCAUAAAAUACCAUUACUCAGCUUGGUGUUUUCUUUUUAGUGUUACCAAGCAUUAAAUGCAAUUGGUGAGAAAGAGCAUAUGUGUUGGAACUCUCGGUAUUUCUAUUUCUGCUAAGAUUACAUGAAAACAGUAUUUCUACAUACGCUUGAACUCUUGUUGCCAUUAUUCCAAAAUGCUGUAAUGUUGGUGUUGCUGGUUUACAAAAUACACCAUUGCCUAAAAGCAAUGUAAUUGGUUCUUGCAUGUGCAUUCAUUGCUUCUGAUGCUUGUAUGUACUUGGGAGAGGAGGGGGAAGAUUGUAUGUAUUCAUGGUUUGUGGGGAAGGAAAACUGAGUCUCAAAAGUUUGACUGUCGUCUUUCAUUUGUCUACAUAGCUCCCUCCAGUACUAAAAGUUACAUAUGCAUAUACAGGGGAGACUGGACACUUUUUUUGUGUGUAGACUGAAAAUGAAUUAAUAUCUUACAAGCACUGUGAAUAUCUAUUAUGCAAGUUUUUGUAUUCAUAUGGAAAAAAAAAAAAAAACCUGUUCCCACUAGUAAUAGAUUUUGUUGUCUUCAUGCUUUGAAGGUCUCUCUUAUUAUUUUGGUUUCAGUUAGUUUGGUAGAGGGUAACAUAAGCAUUUAUCAGCUGAUGUUAGAAACUAGCUGCCAAUAUUUGUACAUAUUUGUAAUAUACUCAUGGUGUAAUCGCUCUAUUUUAAUGGUAAACUUUUCUCCUUUCCAUGAAAGGAAUUUCAUGUUUAAAAUAAAAUAUAAAUAAUUA